CUGACUCGAUGUCACCUCAGCAUAGGAGGACCUCUAAACCUUGUGGACAUGGUUUACUCACCGCUCGAUGGGCUGGAAGUUGCAGCAGACUGCGGGAAGUGUUUCAGCUCGGCGUACUAACGGAAAACUUCAGUUGUUAACUGAGGUAUUAAAUAAAUCUUAUUGUUUGAUCUUUGCAUCCAUGUGCAUGAAAUGAACACGCCGAUAUUGGAAAGCGGAGCAGGGAUUAUUUCAAUUAGGGGAGCGAGCGGCUCAAGACGGAGCGGCAGCGCAGAGGAAGCGCACGGAAAACGCGCACGUGUGGCGCUUUGAUUCAUAUUGCCGUCUCUGCUCGCUGAUAUGGUUUGAUCACUGCUCUUCAAUCUGAGGAUACAUGCUGGAGGAUUCUGCAUCUGAUCAGCACAGUAAGGGUAAAGAUGCAGCGGAGGGCAGUGUCGUGUCUGUGGCUGCUGAGCCUCACCGUGGUGUCGGUGUCAGUCCGCGGAUUUCCCACGCACUUCAAGAGGACUUCAGCCAGAGACAGAAACACCACAGCGUCUGUUACUGAGGUGAUAGCAGAGACGAGUCCUGGCAACAAUCGUCAGACUCUCCAGGAGCUUCAGCAGGAGAACCUUCUGCAGACUCUGCCAUCUGGUCCAUCUCUCCCCAAGUCCAGACAACGCUGGUCCCAGCACCAUCACCAGGGUGUCCUCCCCCCACCUGAACCUGAGGAAGACCCUGAGCUUUUCAUCCUGGACCUGAGGAACUUCCCAGAGCUGGCUAAUGCAGACAUGGGCUCACAGAAUCCCAACAUCCAGGUGACCAUCGAGGUGGUAGAUGACACACAGACUGAGACGGAGGUGGAGAUGGACCUGGUCAAGGAGGGUCAGCGUAAUGACUGGUCGGUGUCAUCUUCAGAAUGGGCCAACAGCCACAAGAAGCUGUUCUGGCCAUUGUUUUGGGAGUACCCAGAGCAGGUGGAGAAUGGGUUGGAAAGAGCCAGUUUGGAGGAACAAUCUGAGGACUACAACUACGACCCAGAGGAGCCCGUUCUGAGUGGAGUCGGGGGAGACUGGGGUGGUCACUGGAACAAAGACUGGGAUGCAAAGGAUAACUACGAGUACGAGGAGGAGUGGAGCGACUGGGCUCCCUGCAGUGUGAGCUGUGGACACGGCACCCAGAAACGCACCCGUUCCUGUGGCUACGCAUGCACGGCGACUGAGUCACGCACGUGUGACCUGGAGAGCUGUGCCGACACUGUGAUUUCAGUGACCGACCUGACACCCAUCCAGACGACCAACAGCACAGACUCCCUGGACACAAAUGUGGACAGCUGUGAGAAGUGGCUAAGCUGCAAGAAUGACUUCCUCCAGAAGUACCUGCACCAGGUGCUCACAGAGCUUCCCAGCUGCCCAUGCUUCUACCCCUCUGAGGCCGUUUACAGCGCCGUCAACAUCCAGGACGGCAAACUUCGCAAGACCUAUCGAUGGAGGGACGCGAGCGGACCCAAAGAACGCCUGGACAUCUACAAACCUUCGGCCAGAUUCUGCAUCCGCUCGAUGCUGUCAUAUGACAGCACAACGCUGGCAGCGCAGCACUGCUGCUACGACGAUCAGAUGAGACUGAUAACACGAGGGAAAGGAGCAGGGGCGCCAAAUUUGAUCAGUACUGAGUUCUCACCAGAGCUGCAUUACAAGGUGGAUGUACUGCCCUGGAUCCUGUGCAAGGGUGACUGGAGUCGGUUUCACUCAGUAAGGCCACCCAACAAUGGGCUGGACUGUUCUGAUAACCCCCCAGAACAAGUGUUUCAGGUGGAACUUAAAGAGGCCAGGGAGUACUGACGGGGGGGGGGUUGUAAGGGGUCUUAACGAAAAGGGAGAACAACAGGGAGAUGCGGAUGGUAGUUCAAAUCUACAUUUCUCUUGUCCUCUCCAUCCUGCACGAGCACAGAAAAACUGAGCUGCAAUGUUAAAACAGUGUUCCUGUGGUCCUUUUGCCAUGCAUGAACUCCUGCCAGAUGAGGUACUUUGGUGCAGUUGCAAGCUUUGUUGUUGCAAUCUCAUGACCUCCUGCAUCAACUGACACUUUGUUUUUUUAAUAAAAAGGGACAUAACUUUCAAAGUAUAUGAAAAUAUGAAAGGAAGACAUGGACAACCAAUACUGAAGCUUUUUAUACUCAUAUGUAGACUGUUUGUUUGCAGCAACAAAAAUGUACUGUUGUUGGAACUAUUGGAGGGACAAUGAACUCAAGAGAUGUUCUAUUUGGACCUUCGUCAGCUAAUCCCUGUUCCUGUAUGUUGCUGCUACCCUGUUGGGAUGUGCUGUGCUGAGGUGAAUGUCUCAGAUGGCAGUGGCAUGUGUGUGUAUGUUUGUGUGUGAGUGUGUGUGUGUGCGGGUAUGAGUGUGGAAUGGAUUACCUUAUUUAUUGGCCCCUGAACUAUCUUAAUCAGAUUUAGUGUCCCUGCGAAAGAAAUUCUUGUCUAGCUGGUAAGAAAAGAAUAAAGUCAAAUGGACCCUUCGGACUA